GCUGGGGAUGGGGCUGCUCCCGCUGCUGCUCCCAGUGCUGGCGGCCGCGGCGCUGGGCGCGGCGGGGCGCGGCGGCCCCGGGCCCGUCACCUGCGGCUCCGUGGUGAAGCUGCUCAAUGUGCGGCACAACGUGCGGCUGCACUCGCACGAUGUGCGCUACGGCUCCGGCAGCGGGCAGCAGUCGGUGACCGGCGUGUCGGCGGCGGAUGACGGGAACAGCUACUGGCGGGUGCGGGGCCGCACGGCCGCCGUGUGCCAGCGGGGCACCCCGGUGCGGUGCGGGCAGGCCAUCCGCCUCACGCACCUGGGCACGGGCCGCAACCUCCACAGCCACCGCUUCGCCUCCCCGCUCUCCGGGAACCAGGAGGUGAGUGCAUUUGGGGAGGCCGGCGAGGGUGACUACUUGGACGACUGGACAGUGGUGUGCAGUGGGACCUACUGGGUGCGAGAUGACGAGGUUCGCUUCCAGCACACCUCCACCGACGUCUUCCUCUCGGUGACAGGGGAGCAGUAUGGGCGGCCCAUCCAUGGGCAGAAGGAGGUGCACGGCAUGGCCACCUCCAGCCAGAAUAACUACUGGAAGGUGAUGGAGGGCAUCUUCAUGCAGCCCAGCGAGGCCUUCAAAGCAGAGCGGUACCACGCUGAGCUGUGAGGGACAGACAGACUGAAGCUGAGCCUCUGGGCACUGCCCUGCUGUGUUUGGGACCACUAAACUCAGAGGAUGGCUCCUGUACCCACCUGGGACUGACACACCAGGACACAGAGCUCCAACACAAAGCAGAUCCCAGUGUCCUGAAUUUGAUGUGGAGCAGAUUCCAGUGUCCCUAAUCUGAGAUGAAGCAGGUCCCAGCAUUGAGACGUGACCCAAAGCAGAGCCCAACAUCCUAGAUCUGACACAAAGCAGGUCCCAACAUCCCAAAUCCAGCACAAAGCCAAGCCCAACAUCCAAACCCAACCCAGAGAUUGACAGACUCGCACCCUGUCCCUUGCAGCCCCCUUAUCCGUCCAAGGACCCGCUCAAAGGACUGUUGUUCCCAGGAACUGUACCCCCCUUGCUGUACCCCAAACCACUCCCUGCACCCUGUGGGGACCUGGGAGCAUAAAAGUGCUGAACCCUG